AGAAAUGAUGACGUCAUGCCGCCAUGUUCGGUCGGAAGUUCAUUUUUAAUCAAAGGUUGUGGCGGAUUCCGGAAAAUAAUCUGCCCGUACAGAAUUACUGAAUUUUACAAGUUAAUUUAAGUGUUUUGAAGAAGGAAAACAGUUCACAUAAAGAUAGAGCAAUGGAUUAAUUGACCGAUUUAAGGCCUAUAAGAUAUGCAUUUACUCUUGUCGAAAUCCCUACUUUUUUUGUCAUCAUCAGUGAGUAGCAGUUUUAUUAUUUAUAGAUAAGUGGACGGUCUAAUUUUAUCUUGCAGGCUUGGUCUAUAGUUCAUUUGUUGUGAUUUAUUUGUGGUCAAAUGUUUUUUUUUUCAAUCGUUUAGAAAAAAAAAAGAAAAGUGGUGGGGGGCGAUUCGUUGGAUUGAAUUUGGCCAGCGCAGGCAGUGUCAGUGAUGGGACUUAAAAGAUUUGUCAACAAAAAAAUAAAAUAUUUUUCAUUGAUUGAGUUCAUUGACAUAGACUAUAGAUUGUCAAGACACUAUUAACAGUGACUCAGUAACAAUGUAAAAAAAUUGAAUACAAAUACAUUAAUAGUAGGUUAAUUGGUAGGUGUAGUUUAGGCCUUUUACAAAUACAAAUUAAAAAUUGGCCAUCAAUACAUUUAAAAAAGUAAUGUUAAAAAAACGUUUUUAGGAUUAGGUUUGGUGAUAAAUUUUAGGGUUCAGGCUAUGCCAGAAAAGGGAUUGACCCAGGUUGUUGACACUUCUUGCAGCAUACCAGAGUGAUAAUUAAGUUUAAGGUAGCUAUGCUUGUCACUGAAAAAAUUGCAUCAUAAUCAUAUAAACUUAUGGAUAGGUCGCACCUUUAGUGUGGGGUUGUCUACUUGGGUAUUUGUGGUUUACCGCAGAUCGGUAUUUCCUUAGUUUGGGGAGUUACAUGGCCCUUUUUAAUUUUUAUGUGAAUAUAUCUAAUAUUUGUUAAAGUUAAACAUACGUCAAAAAAUUUUUUCCUUAAAAAAUAUUUAAAUUCUAGGGCAGUUUUUUUACACCAGGUAUGGGUAUUGAGAAAAUACCCAGUGGGUCCAAGUCUUAAAAAAAAAAUAAAAGAAGUUCUCAUUUUCUUUAAUAUAAUAUGUCAGCCUUUAAUCAAUAGUCCUACAGACAGUCCUACACCAUGGACCAUACCCAUGUAUCUUUACAAACUGGUAUCUUACCAAGGUUCAUUAGCUUCAUUUGUCUAGGGGUUAUUCAUUUACUUAAAACAAACCAAUGCUCAAUAAAACAAACUUCUCUUUAUUCAAAUACAAUACAUUCCAAAAAUCCAACACCUCAGCACAGCCAUUGAUCCACACCAUAACAACAAACCUAACACGUCAUUUCACCUUACACAAAAUAGUAAGCAUUUAAUAGCAACAUCUACCCAAAUACUCUACAAACAACACACAAUCACAAUAUAUCAACAUAACACCCCUCCCCCCCCCCAUUCGUUUGACAUUCAUUUGAAAAAUUGAUGUCACACACAGAAAUACUAUAACAAAUUGUAAGCAUCUUUCAAAACAACAUCCUAAAUAUGACAAACUUCAGUGCUAAAAAUUAUCUUCUUUAUAUUUAAGAGCAAGUGACUUAUUUCAUUUACCAAAACACAAUUUAGAUUUCAUACUCAUAUCAAAAUAGGAAAAAUUAUUACAUUGACAACAAAAUUUAUUGUCACACACACACAAAAAGUGACCAAAAAAUAAACUCUGUCUGUUAGAGGGGAAAAAAAUGUCAAUACCUAUGGACUCAUGUGGACAUCCCUGAAUUGUCCAGUCCGAUGUUCUUAUUUAAAGAGGGCGGGAUAUUACGCCUGACACAAAUUCUGUGCCAAAACAUAUGGUGAACGAUCUUUCUCUUUCUGCGCCCCCAAACAAUGGAAUUCUUUGCCACUACACUUCCGCAAUAUACCGACCAUCACAGCCUUCGAAACUGCACUCAAAACACAUCUCUUUAAACUCUACUAUCCUGACUGAUUUCCCCCUCUGACCGAUAAACGAUGCAGCUGGGUGCCGUCAAUGGCUUGACACGUAAAUAGUUUUGGAAUGGGUGGAGUGAAUAUAUUUUCGUUUUAUUUAAUUAAUGUAUGUUGAUGUUUAAGUUCAUGAUUAUGUUUGUUAAAUUGUAUUUAGAGUGUGGUGAGCCCCGUCCUAGGCUAUAAAACCACUAAUAAUAAUAAUAAUAGUUGCCUAUGAAAAAAUUCAACCCUCUUACCUUGGUUCAAACGUUAUGCUCAUUCCUGCCCAAGACAAUCAGGGACUGGAACCAUCUUUCAAAAGGAACAGUUGAGGCGACAACACUAGACACAUUUGUGUCUAUUGCCUCAAGCCUAGUUUGGGGAUCACGUAUUAAAGGAGAUCACCACCAGUAACAGAAACAUUGCAAAUCCCAUCUACAUGCAUAGGAGCCAAAAUGAUCAAUAAAUUGAUCGUGGGCCCUUAAGAUAUAGAAGAAGAAGAAGAAAUCCAGGAUUUGUGUAAAUGAUGUUAAUAAUAAAAAUAUCCUCUAACCAUUGAGGACAUAAAUUAAAGACUUUGGCAAAAAAAUUGUUGACAUUGAAUCUUUAAAAAUAAAUGUAAUUUCCUUUUUUUUUUGAUGUUUUAGUUUUUCAAAAAAUUAUUUACAAAUUAAAAAAAAAAUUGUUACAAUAAACCUUCAUGUCACAUAAUAGGUUGGAAUUUUUUUGAAGAAAAAAAAGAACAAAAAAGCUCAUUAUUAUUCAAAAUGAUUCUUACUCUUGAAUACGUUUUUGCACUCGGAAUGUUAAUUUCAGAACACAUAGAACCUGAGUACUGAUGCACACAGGAUCCAUUCUACCAAAAUGGUGAUGUCAGAUGCUGAUUAUUGUAGACGCCUCGCCAUCCUAGAGGAGCGUUUUUACAAUCCUAACUCAGCUAUCAAUGCAGAUGGGUUGAUGGUGAGCUGGUUGUAUUGAUAUUUAAAAUUAGGGAGUCAUUUACAUUUACAAUAUCUUUAUAUUAAAGAAAUUGAGAUUUUAAUCACUUUUUUACAUGAAAUGUAACAGCGGAGAUGAAACAAGAUUACAGAAAAUUAUGUUGGGGACAGCAGUUUUCUUGAUAAAGCUAUACAAAUUUGUAUUCCCUCUACAAUGCUGAUAUAUAUUUGUACAGGAUAAUUUAAAUUUAGUUUUCAUCUAAUCUAUGUAAUUCAGACUUCAUUUGACAAUGUUAAAUAUCUUUAUAGGAUGGUAUUACAGCCUUGGUGGCUGAUUUAGACUUCCCUGCAAUAAAGAGGAUGAAAAAUGUGGAACAUUUUCUUGAAAGAUGUAAGCACCUCAAAAAAUAAAUUUUUGCUGUUAAAUUUUUAAAGCAAAAUUUAGGCUUUUAAUAUAAUUUUUAUUAAGAAGUGAUUAGGUGUAUAUAAGAUUUAGUAUUAGAUGCUGAAUAUAAAUACUAAAUUCCUGUUCAAGUAUAAAAUUGAAUGGUCACAUUUUGUAACUGUUCUUCUAGAUGGAGAUUGUGUUGAACUUAUUAAAAACCAUCGUAUGAAAGCUACUGACUUUGAUGUAGUGAAAGUCAUUGGGAGAGGAGCUUUUGGUGAAGUUCAAUUGGUAUGUCCCCUUGUUUCUCAUUUGUGAUUUUUAUUUUUGGUAUUUUUAACAUACAAAAGUUUGUUUGAAAAAAAUUAUUAUUUAGCGUAAAAUAAUUUUCCCCAUUUUAUUAAUGGUUGUUGAAUAUAUUUUGACAGUUUUUACAACUUUUUUUUUUACAAAUUGUGAAAGUAGCUUAAAAUAAACAAAAAAGUGUUGAACCUCUACCAUUAAGAAAUUCAAUUGGAAUUUAAUAAUGUCAUUUCUUUCUCUUCCGUUGUCAACGAUUGGAAUGAUCUCUAUAUUUUCCACUUUCUAAAACUUAAACUGCAUUCAAUAUAAUUUAAAGCUCAAUUUUUGUUUGGACUAAAGUUUGCUGUAAAAAUGGAUAAAGCUAAAAGCAUAAAAUAGCUGAUGUUACAAAUUUUAUUGUACAUGUACAGGAUCAAAGUUUUUAAGAAAGAGGGUUGGGAAUGGAAACAGAUGACUGGUGUAAAUUUUUUGUAAAAAUAGAUUCAGUAUAUUUAGGGUGGUUUGGGCAGGUAUUGUGGAAUAGACGUAUGGUAAGGAGGCAGACCUGCUACUCUUACAAUGUACAAUUUUGAGAUGUCUUUGAUGAUUGUCCGCCUAGAAUCGUCAGAACAACGAUUUUAAGAGAUCAGGUUAAAAAUAUAUUCCGGUAGUUUUUCUGAUAAUAAAAAAAUUAUAAAAUAAUAAUAAUAAUCAUUAAAAAGAACUUUUUCUGUUAGUUUUACCUCGCAUUUGAAUUACACACCCAGCAGUGAAUGGAUCGAGAAAUACGAUUUUAGUUGGGGACCUUCUACAGUCGAACCCUGUUAUCUCGCCAACCCUGUUAUGUUGACGUUUUUGAAUUAGUACCGUCAAAUUCUCUCUUUGUCUAAGCAUUUUCUCCUCGGUUAUGUCGAUUCUUUUAUUUGGCCGAACCCUGAUUUCGUGAGCACAAAAGGCACCAAAUUUGCUAUUUUACCUCAGUUAUCUUGAUCCCCAUGACAAAUCGCCGGCUUUUAAAAAUUGAUAUACAACAGAAACGUGCCUAUUUCAUACUGUAGUAAAUGAAAUGACAAUAUAGUUGUCCACACACAGCAAGGAGUGAGAGGCUUGCAAACAAAAGAGAGGCGAUGUCAAAGUACAUGUUCUAUUUAUAGCGAACCCACUUGUCGCUUAAUACUUAAUAGGCUUUCAUGCGUUCUUACACGUUGAUUUUUUUAAAACCCAGAAUCCGUAUUUGAAUAAACUGAACUGGCGAAUCCGAAUCGAGAGAAAAUAAAAACUCGCGAAUCCAGACCUGAAAAUAUUUAGCCUCACGAAUCUGGAAUUCCGGGAUAAUCCGGAAAAGUGGCACCCUACAUAUGCCUUGUGUUGUUAGCAAACGUAUAUAGCAUGCCAAUUGCUUCAUCAAACAAAUCGUGGUAACACUGUUGUGUAAAAAGAAAACUUCAAAAGCAUGUGCAAGUACAUCUCAUCAGACCUGUUUACUCUUACGAUUUUGGCGUACAAUGUAAGAUUUUUAGAUCUUUUUUACGAUUGUACGCCGAGACCCCCCAAAACUACGAUUUUCAGAGACCCGGUGAAAAAGUAUUUGUGUAAUUUUGUCCGAUUUUUAAAAAAAAAAAAAAAUGUUCGGUUGUGGAAGCUUUAGCCCUAUGGCCCCGCAUUGAAUGGACUCAGAAAAACGAUGGGUUUGGGUAUAUUUUUUUAUAGUCGGACCAUCCUUCAUUAUAUUAUGUACGCACUGAAAGGGGAGGUGGCGGUUGUUGGUUAAAGAGAUUGGUGGCAUACCAGAAACACGGGGUUUGGGGGGUGGGAAAGGUGGGAGUUUCAAAAGAUAUAAAAAUAUCACCGCAACAUAUCCUACUGAUGGUGGUGAUUGUCUUAGUGUUGCUUUGCGUGUCACAGUGAACCAGCUAACUGUGUCAGCAGCAAUCUUUAGGCUAGUCGCCUGGCAACAACUUCACUCACCUCCUCAUUGGACUGCUACUGCUAGCAAGCGUGUGUUCGUCUGAAAUGCGGGGAUUGUGAAGAGAGAAAACUAGAGGUGUGAGAUUUAGUCGGCGGCAUUAAAAAAAAUAUUUUAGAUCUAGCAAAGCAACUCUAUCCAGAGGCGAAGCGAGCGGGGGCAGGGGGGGGGACAGAUUCCCCGGGCGCCAGCUAGUUAAGUUUACUCUUACGAUUUUGGCGUACAAUGUACGAUUUUUAGGUGUAUAGGUUGUAUAUACUGUUUAUUUUUUACUAUAAAUUUAACGUACCGUAUUGAACGAUUUUGUGAUGAUAUUCUACGAUUUUAAGAGUUUGAGGGUAAACAGGUCUGUCUCAUUUAUAAACGCACAUCGUAAGAAAUUUUAAGCACAUGUUAAUAUAUUGCUACCAUAUUGGUUUGGGUUUAUCUCGAUCAUCGGUUAUCUCGACGCUUUUUGGCAAACCCUGAGACCGUCGACAUAAGCGAGUUCUACUGUAUAAUUAUAUUACGUGUACCCUGAGAGGCAAGGGGAGUUGUGUUGAUUUAGGAAAUUUUGUGUAUGGAUGGGUGUAAAUAUUUAAAUCUAUCCAACCAACAACGUCACAUUUUUGUAAUGAUGAUGGGGGGGGGGUUCUUUGGCAGAAAGUACAUACAUUAAUAAACAUUUCUACAAUAUUCAUCUCAAAAAUUUAAAUCUCUUAAAAUAGCGUAUUUAUCUCUCAAAUGCUAUAAAAUACCACCCGGUGUUUAGUAGGAAUUACCGUCUUGAUGUAUUGCCAUGUAUUUUAACAAAUGAACUCGCUAUCUAUUCUCAAAUAGUACUCAGUAGUAGAGAUAUUACAGUAAUUUUUAGUCCUUUAAUGUUGAACAUGCAUGCGAAGGUUACUUUGUUGGGCUACGCUUAUGUUUUAACCUGGCUCCUUGUGUGAAAUUCUAACAAUUACACUUUGAAAUAGUGAAUAUAAAGGGUUGGGUAAAAAUAAAUAUAACAUGCAUGUAUGUCACUAAGCGCCAUCUAGUAACUGCAAACAGUAGUUACCCAAGUGGGUUACUGUUUGCACUACGGCCGAAAGAUGUCACAUUGUAUUAAAAGUGGAAAUAAAUUUUGAAAAUUUUGUAAUAUGUCUUAACGCCCAAGUAAGGAAGCCACGGCAACCCAAAAAGAAAAAUGUAACACACACCCCCCCCCCCCCCCCCCCCACCCCCCAGUAAAAGGACUAUUUUGAGCGCCCUUUGCUUUGUGAAGUAAAUGGGAUUUUGUAGUUUAAUUCAUUUUUAAGGGUCCUUUCUAAAGACGAUUUUGUUGCCCUCUGAUUUUGGCGCCUGUUGCUCUGCGCCUCAUUCUCUUGGCCCUGCCCGAGGGUGAGCACCCAGUGCUCCCCCAAUCACCAGUGGUUAAAACCCCUGUCACAUUUUGUUUACUAAUGUAACAUCAUAAAUAUAUCAAGAUUAUUGGAUUAUGUUGUUUAGCUUUGUUUUUUUUUAAUUUUGGAUGUGUCGAAAGCUCACAUAUGCAAAAGUUGGGGGGGGGGGUGGGGUGGCAAAAAGUUGUGCUCAACAGGGGGAAGGGGUUAGAAGAUUUGACUUAUUUUCGUACGUACUGUACAGAGCAGAGAAAACUUAUAAAAUGCAUUUUCAACAGUUCCACGCAGUAAUAUUUGAUUGCGACAUACUUUAUAGGAUCCGAGAAGGCCUUUUAAAAUGUUUUUAGAACACACAAAACAGUUUUAUGAUUUUUAGCACCCCUUCUUCCGUUCACCCAUUUACAUCUUGUGAUUAGUUAUCAGACUGUUGUAAUAUUUUAACGGGAAAUAGACAUAAUGGAUAUUGAUUCUUAUUUGAAUAAAUUUCACUUUAGCUGAUCUGACUUCGAGUUUGAACUACGAUAAAUUUCACCAGUAACUAUAUUUUAACAAGUGACAAACGGUGAUAAUGUGAUCUGCACAUUCACCUAAAUAUUAAUUGAUUUCUAUAGCAGAUACAAGUCGGUAAAACAAAGUGAUCUCAGUUUGCAAUAUAAAUGUCAGUUAUCUACUUUUUACCCUUUUUUGACACCAGCUCAACUAGAUUCCACUAGACGCGCUAUGCUUUUAUUUAUUGUAUAUGUUAUAUAUUCUGUAUUUUUUAUUUAUUUAUAUACUAUUAAGGUACUGUAUUGUACGAUAUAUUGUAUAUUGUAUGAUUUUAGGGGUUUGGGGGUAAACAGGUCUGGAUUAAAAAAAUUAUGAAAUUAAUUAAAAAGAACACCCAGCAGUGAAUGGAUUGAGAAAUACGAUUGGUUGGGGACAUCUAUAAUUAUAUUACGUUUGCUCUUUGAGGGGAAUGGAGUGGUGUUGCUUUAGAUUUUGUGUAUGGGGGGGCGGGGGCUCUAAAAUGUUUAAUUCUAUAAAAUUAACACUGCCACAUUUUGGCACAUUUUUGUAAUGAUAUGGGUGGGCCUUGGUAUAAAGUAUGUAGGUUAUUAAAAAAUUCUACAAAAUUCAUCCUGAAACUCUGAAAGUCCAAAAAUAGCAUUUUUAAAUCAUGAAUGCUAUAAAAAUAUAAUGCAAUGUUUUGUAAGAAAUAUUGUCAUAAUGUUUCCAUGUGUUUUCACAAAUGAACUCACUAGAUAUACUCAGAUAGCACUAAAUAGUAGAGAUAUUACAGCAAUAUUUAGUCCACCAAAUGUGACUUAUAUUUUGUUGGGCUAUGCCAGUGCUUCUAUAAUUUUUGUUUCCCUGGGCCUAUGCCACAUUCAGGUUGUCACCAAGCUCUCUGUGUUUAAUUCUAAAAAGUAUGCUUCAAAGUAGCAAGUACGUAAACAAAAUAAAAUAAAGGGUUGGGUAAAAAUAAAUAUAAAAUGUAUGUAGGUCACUAACCGUCAUCUACUAACUACAAACAGUAGUUACUCCAGUGGGUUACUGUUUGCACUAUGACCGAAAGAUGUCACAGUGGAUUAAAAGUGGAAAUAAAAUCAUGAAAAUUUUAUAAUAUUUUGCAAACCCCCUAUGAAGAAGCUGCAGCAACCCAAAUAGGAAAAUGUGUAACCUCCCCCGGGGCGGAUCAGUAAAAGAGUGAUUUUUAGCACCUCUUGUCUUUGUGAAGAAAAUUGGAUUUUAUAGUUUCAUUAAUAGCCUUUCUAAAGAUCAUAUUAGCGCCCUCUGGUUUUGGAUAAAAAUGUGACUUUUUUUGAGUAUGUACAUUUAGAUGGCCCCUUCGCACCUUAAUAUGCUUUGGUGCUUUGUGUCGUAAUUUUAUGACAUAAUUAUUUACUACGGCUGAACUGGGGUGAAAAACAGAAAACUAGAGAAGCCAUUCUAACUGUAAGGCGCAGCGAUAUUAGAUUUGGAUCUGAUGAUUCUUUGAAAUCUAUUUUUAGAACUUGCAAAACAAUUGCGCGCUUUUUAAUAACCCCCUCUUCCCUUCACCCAUUUACAGUUUUUGAUCUGAAUUCUAGUUUGUCCUUGUUAAAUUUUACCAGUAACUUUAUUGUCACCAGUGACAGUGUUAAUAUGAUCUGCACGUUUACCUAAAUUUUAAUUAAUAUCAAUUUAAUAUCUAUAGCAGAUACACCUCUGCAAAACAAAGUGAUAUAAUCGUCAGUCAACUACUUUAUACCUUCAGUUACAUUUUUUGAUGCCAGCUUAACCCGAGCCCACUAGACACAUGAUGCGUGUAGUUAUUGCAUAUAUCAUGUUUAUUUAUUUAUUUACUAUUAAGAUACUGUAUUGUACGAUUUUGUGAUGAUAUUAUAUGAUUUUAGGAGUUUGAUGGUAAACAGGUCUGUAGAGGGCAGGAGAGUAGACAGAAAACUGAGAAAAGAAAACAUUUGAUUAUAAGGGAAGAAGGGGUCAGGGUAGGGUUCUCCAACCGUAACACCCAAGGUGGCAAAGAGUGUAAAUUUCACUUGUACAGUCGUCCCUCGCCAUUUUGCGUUUUGACUUUUGUGGCUUCACUCUAUCGCGCUUUUUCUCCGAAUAUAACAUGUUUUCGUCUUAAAAGUUGAUUGAGGUAGUGAAAAUGAUACAGUGCCCCCUUGGGCGUCAAUGAUACAUCCCUGUAUUACAAUUAAAAUUACUGUAGGUAUUGACUGUAGGCCUAUGUAUUAGAGCAUCCCAGAGGGUUUAAUAUUGUUAAAAACCGUAUUUAGAGGGUCGUGAAGAGAAGAUCCAUGCUCUAAAUUCGAAAAUAUUCAUUUUAUAAAUAAAGAAUCCUACAAUGCGAAAAUUCACUUAUCGUGGAACUAAUUAACCGCGAUAAAAGUGUAGGUGAGGGUUUGAAGAGAUGGUGGCUGAAAAAGACAAUCGAACCAGAAUGUUGAUCAAGACAUUUUUUAAUGAAUAUUUUUAGAAAUACUAAAUUUGUGAUGUUUCUGUUCAUACAUUUUAUGUACAUGUUAAAACAAUACCUUAAAUAUCAUAGGUACGUCACAAAACAACAAGAGCUGUAUUUGCAAUGAAACUUCUUAGCAAGUAUGAAAUGGUAAGUAGGUCUUUGUUGAGUACUUAAGAUGGAAAUUUGAUUGGUGUUUUCUUCUUCAUUUUUUUAUCAUUUUAAGAGGAUUUUUUUUAUCAUUUUAAGGGGAUUUUUUUCCCUUCUUUUUUAAAUCACAGACAUAGUUUUAUUGGAAAUGACUUAAACAUUAUUCUUAUAGGGGAGGCUAUUGUAUAAUUCCUGCAAAUAAAAUAUACUAUUUUAUUUUAUUGUUGUUGACAAAAACUAUAGUUUUUAACUUGGGUUUUAAGAAGUUUAUUUAAAAUUAGUAGAAUGGCAAGUAGAAAUACUUGUGAAGGAAAUAAGUAGAAAUACUUGAUAUUUCCUUUGCAACAAAAUAGUGCAAUGGUCAUUUAACCAUAUACUAUUACUGUGUGUCUGAAAGUGACUAUAGAUUUUGACAAUUUUGUAUGCAAGAUUUUCCCCAUAUUUUUACUUCAUUGCAUUGACUUAGAAAUUAUUUAAUGUGGAAAAAGCAUGCAAAUAAUAACUCUGGACUUAUUUUUGUUUGUUAGUUUCUCAUUUUUUGUUAAGUGUUUAUUAUACAAAUUUAGUAAAUAGCUAUUAAGUAGCACUAUGUAUGAGCUAAUUUGGAAAAAGUGGUGGAUGAAUGUUUGAAGGUUGAGAUGGGAGAGGUUGGAGGACAAGAAAGGAUUUUUUUUUGAGGGGGGGGGGGUGGCAUCAAAGGGUAUGCAUUCUCUAGUAAGAUAUGUUAAUAAAAUUUCAAGUUUUUGAACAAUUUUAAAAAGUUGUUUCAAUGAAAACUCGGCUACUGAGCCUAUAGUUAUGAGUGCGCAGAGCAUCAAAGUUAGUUUUUAAUGACAGCGUUUUUUGUGAAUUUUACUAAUCUCAGUCUGUCGAUCCAUAAAAGUCAUAGUUUCAUUAUAUUAUUUUUCAUUACAUUAUUUGUUAAAUAAAUUGUUAAAUAUCACACAGAUCAAGAGAUCUGAUUCAGCUUACUACUGGGAAGAAAGAGAAAUUAUGGCCAAUGCUAACAGUGAAUGGAUAGUACAGGUAACAAUCAUUAUUGAUACAACAAAAAAUAAAAUAAAUUCUUAGUGUCAAGCAAACAUUGUGAUAUGAUUAGGUUGUUAAAACUUAUUUCAGCUUACCGAAUAUAUUUCUUGCCCAGUUAUCAAUUUAAAAAGAAAAAACAACCUUUAGGUUAAAUAUUGAAAACAGAAAGAUUAUAAAUACAAGUAAAAAUUUCAAUAUUGCUUUCAUUAUUGAUGCACUGAUGAUUUAUUUAGUAUUUUAUGUAGUCAUGGGGAUUGUUCAAAAUCAAUAAUUUAUUUGAAUAUUGUCCUGCAGUUGCAUUUUGCAUUCCAAAAUAACAAGUAUUUGUAUAUGGUUAUGGACUACAUGCCUGGUGGAGACCUGGUCAACUUGAUGAGUAAUUAUGAUGUACCAGAAAAGUGGGCAAAAUUUUAUUGUGCUGAAGUUGUCUUGGCUCUUGAUGCUAUCCAUUCAAUGGGUUUUGUUCAUAGGUAUUAUUAUUAUUAGCUUAUAAUAAAGAGGAUUUACACACAUUCUCUUGAAUAGUGUAUUCUACCUAUUGUUAACUUUAAUUUUGUAUUUUACUAAAAUUUAACUAAGAGUCAGAUUUUCAUUGUGAUAUUUAAUGUUUGACAAGAACAAGCCAUUAUUGAGGCCAGCUCAGAAUCACUCUCAUAGUUUAUUAUGCACAUUAAUUUUCUCAGUAGUUAAAUUCUCUGAGAGCUUAUAUAAAUCAUAAGAUUGAAUUUGCGUCAUUGAGAAAAAAUCCAUGUUAGCAAAUCUAUAUUUUGACCAUUAAGUUAUUAAUUAGCUCAGAUAUUUUUGUUUCUUUCAGAGAUGUCAAACCAGAUAAUAUGUUGUUAGAUGCUAAUGGUCACCUGAAACUUACAGAUUUUGGAACAUGUAUGAGGAUGGAUAAGGUAUUGGAAUAGUCAAAGCUUGAAUGUUCAAUUUUCAUAACAUCAUUUAACAUCACAGGUUAGAGCAAUGUAAAUUUCACUAUUCAAUACAACUAAUGAUAUUGUGGUUGCUGAUGUAUUAUUUUACUCUAGAGAUGUCUAUUUCAGGAUGGCCUGGUUCACUCUGACACAGCCGUGGGUACUCCAGACUAUAUAUCUCCAGAAGUUCUGAAAUCCCAAGGAGGAGAAGGGUGUUAUGGUAGAGAAUGUGACUGGUGGUCUGUUGGUGUCUUUCUAUAUGAAAUGCUUGUUGGUAAGCUAAUCAAUUUUAAGCCAAUUAAGCAUUGCAAAAGCUUAGGUAUUCAGUGUAAAGCAAUUUAAGAAAUAAUUUUAAAUAUUUAUUUUACACCCUUAGCUGUUAAAAAUAACUAGACUUGAGGUAAUUUAUAAUUAUUCAGUUGUGUUUUCAGUGCAUUAGGAAAACAGACCUGUUAACUCUUACGAUUUUGGCGUACAACGUACGAUUUUGAAUUGUAUACAUUAUAUAAAUACCGUAUGUUUAUUUUUUUACUAUUAAGAUAAUGUAUUGAACGAUUUUGUGAUGAUGUAUGAUUUUAAGAGUUUGAGGGUAAACAGGUCUGGGAAGAGGAAUAUAUUUGAAUUUUGGGUUGUUUGUUGCAGGUGAUACACCCUUCUAUGCAGAUUCUUUAGUGGGCACAUAUGGUAAAAUCAUGGAUCACAAACGAUCAUUGAACUUCCCCUCAGAUGUGGAAAUGUCUGAUAAAGCCAAAAGUCUAAUAUGUGCCUUCCUUACUGAUAGGUAUGUUAGCAGAAGAUUUUACUCUUUAGAAUUUGUAAUUAUAUGCAACAACAGCGGCUCAAUUUUUACUGAUAAAAUUUUUUCUUUUGGUUUCAUAUUAAUCAAUGUAAAUUUGUACUCAAUUUUUGUUUUUCUAGGACUGAGAGAUUAGGUAGAAAAGGUGUUGAUGAGAUAAAAAAUCAUCCAUUUUUCAAGAAUGAUACAUGGACCUGGGAAAACAUACGUCAAAGUAAGCAAUCAGGAUCCGUUCCAUUGCAGUAUGCCAAUUCUUGAUGCCAUUUGCUGUUAUUUUAAUUGAAUUUAUCAGCUCCAUUGUGUUUUAACUCAAUAACUUCAGAUUUUAAUAACAUAUCCUAGCAACCAGUUGAUUUUUUAGAGAUGUACCCACAACUUUUAAGUUUUAUCUUCAUUAUUUUUCUAGCUGUGCCUCCUGUAGUGCCAGAGUUAUCUAGUGAUGUUGAUACAAGUAAUUUUGAUGAGAUAGAAAAAGAUGAAACACCAGAAGAAACUUUCCAACCGCCCAAAGCUUUUGCUGGGAAUCAUCUGCCAUUUAUAGGAUUCACUUAUAGCAAAGGAUGGAGGUAAGAUAUCAGAAAAUUUGGUAGUCAGGUGUUUGCCAAUUAAUUAACAUAUUGAAUUAACAUCCAAUCCCCAGAAUAGCUCUGAGAUUGAGUUUAGCUGGUCUCAGAAUAAAACUAUUAAAGAAUUAAAUCUAGGAAAAUAUUAUUUGUAUAAUCCCAUUCCUAAGAGGGUUUUGCUCAAUAAAAUAAGUUUUGUGUUAUUUAUUUGCUCAAAAGGGUUUCCAUGAUUUUAGCAGUGUUGUGUAUAUAUUUAUAGAAGUCAUUUUUUGUUUAAUUCCAGUGAAUUGGAUCAUAUUUGCAUCUAUGUAAAACAGCAAGAUCAAAAUAUAGUCUCAUUAGAAUUAAUUCUUUAAUUUUCAUUAGACAAAAUUUUUGCCGAUAUCAUUAAAUCAGGACUAUUCAAAUGACCUUGCACCUUCCCCUGUAGCCAACUCCUCACUAUUCACAAGCUCCCUUUGCUAUCAGGGUUUAUAGAAUUAGGAUGUUUUAUUCUAAAUUUCUACUAUAUAAAUUAUAUAUAUUUUUUUAAGUAGAUGCUAUAUGAACUUGUAAUUUUUUGUAUAAACUGAGGCAUUUCGCUAUUCAAGAAAUAUUUUUGAAUACGAUUUACUUCUGACAAAAGAUUUCUUAACCCUUUGAACCCUUGGCUUCUGGUCCUAAAAUACUUAUGCCCCUGGGAAAUAGGGUAAGAUUUACACAAAGAGACUCACAAACAAACAUAAGUCUAUGAUCAUAAAAUAAUAUAUAUUUUAUUUCAAUUCUAAAUUUGUCUUUCAGUAGUCCAUUACUAUUAUAAAAUAUAUCACAGGGAGAAAAUUCUGUUUAGAGCACAGUAGACCGACACUUUGAGGCCCCUAAUUUUCAUAAAACCAAGGCUAAGACUAGGGAUAGACUGUGUUUCUUAUUUUCCAAAGCUCUCAUUACAUCACUUGCACUAGUUGUAGAAGUCCAAGGAUUGUCACUAUCAAUGUCAAAGCAUGAUAAUCAUUCUUUGAAUCAUUUACAUUACCAUCAACUUUCUCUGAUUGUUUAGAAAAGAUCACCGCCAUACAUCAAAAAACGUUGCAAAAAUGCAACAAAUCAAUGCAUCCAUGUGCACUGCCAUUACUGUGGCCUUUGGCAAGUCACAUGGUAAACUCUUACCACGGUGUAUUAACAACACAUUUAUAUUUAUGGACUGUCUAUCUAGGGUAAGGUAUAGGAGACCGAAAUAUAAGUCUGGUGAUAUGGAUUUUUAACUCCCAGACAGAUGAAGUGGGAUCAUAUGUUCAAAGGGUUAAAGUAUUUAUCAAACUCUUUUUUUAGGGGUGUGCCGGACCCCGGUCCGGAAUCCGGUUCCGCCGGAUUUUGCACUAUCCGGUGAAAUCCGGUUCCGCCGGAUUUACAUCUAUCCGGAACAACCGGAUUCCGGAAUCCGGAAUAUACCGGAUUUCGGAAUUUGCCAGAUUUUGUGACUCACCGGAUCAUAAUCUGAAAUAAAAGUAAUUCUCUUUCCCGAAUUUCACACGAUCACGAUACAUUAAUCGAUUGUUUCGAGCGUUGAGCUUGUUUAAUGUUUAAUAUUCCGUACAUACCAGAGGCUAGAGUCAGCACCGCUAAUAGUGGCCAAUAGUGUAGGGACUUUGAUAAGAAAAUUUAAACUUUUUGUAAAAAUAAACCAAUGGCAUAGUUGAAAAGAUGUAAUUUUUUAAAGAAUUAUAACACCAAAAUCAUAUUUUUAGCUGUUGUAGUUUUAAAGUUAUGAAUUUUUAAAGUACGACUUGGUUUGUCAUUUUUUAACAUGGACUGCAUCUCCACAUUCUGUGAUCUCAUUCCACCAAUCCCGUCAUGCGCAAUGACUAUAUAGUUUAUAUAAGGCAACGCAUUCCCUGCCUUAUCACUAAAAUACUGUUUAGACUUAGUUUAAACUUUCAACUUUGGCACAUGAAUAAUUAAUUAAAGCUUUCCCUGACCAAUGGUUUAAUAGUUUUUGCACACGGCAAACUCUUAUGAAUGAAACUCUGAGGUAGUACUACGAUACAGUUAUGCAAGUGGCUGUGAAUGGUUGCCAAUGACAACGUGUUGCACACGGUAAAUUCUGAUCAUUUAUAAUAUGGAUUCUACCGGGUUGUUAAAGCUCAAAUUAAAACAUUCCAGUUUAAAUGUCUUUAAAUGCAUUCUGAAACACAAGUUAUCAAUUAUUUUGAUGUAAAUAGUGAUAAUAAAUUAAUAUUUCCUAAGUAUCGUCAACUUCCGCCAUUAAAAAGGGGGGCGUGGCCAACCCCAUGGCGAAAUUAGGUUGAGCGAGCUGCAUAACCUGCUGCGAACGCGUAGAAACAUGGCGUCUCUCGUAAGACACUUAUCCAAAUGGAACGGAACUCAAAUAUAUAUCGAAAGUACUAAUUUAAUAAUAAAUAGACACACACAUCGGAAAAUUAAAAACUCGGAUUUUUUGGCGCCGAUUGCGAAUUCCCAUACACAAAAAGUAGUAGUCCACCUUGACUUACCGAAGUAUCUACCAAUAGUACCAAAAUCCGGAAUCCGGGAGAAACCGGAAUCCGGAUCCGGCGGAUUUCGCAUAAGAAAAUCCGGAUCCGGAUCCGGUUGGAAAAAACGGAUCCGGCACACCCCUAUCUUUUUUACACCAGGUCUGUUCAUGAACAAGUCUUGAAAUGCUUUUUGUAUAGAUAGAGGUCCCUGCCUAGUUUGCACAGUAGUCUCAUAGUUAUGUUUAGAUCAUAACACUAUCAAUACUACUAACAAGGGUUUAAGCAUCUGAUGCUGUUCUGAAGAAGUAACCAAAGGUUUACAUGCAAAAUAUGUUAGGAUUAACAAGGGUAAUGAUUUAUAAAUAAGAAAACAUCAACACUGGGUACAAAAAGGGCAAACAUUUUCACUUGUCAUUUAUGUCUUUAAUUAAGUAAUAAAUGUUAUUGUGUUAUUUCAGUCCACAAAAAGACAGAGGCAGAUCAGUGGUAUGUUUUUAAAAAAAAAUAUUUUGGAAAAAUAUAUUUCAUGUUCUUGAAAAAGUUGCAAGGGGUUUUUAUUGUUAAAAAUAGUAAACAUUAAAAUAAAUUUUAGUUAACAUUUUGAGAAAUAGUUUUAUAAAUAUUGGUUUGUUAUUCAUUCCAUUCAAAUAAACUUUUGAUUGGUUAUUUUUUAAUCUGAAAAAAGUUUAUUAAAAACUUUUUAGUAGCUAUUGCAGAUAUCCUUUUCUCAAUUGCAGUCAAUACCUAUCGAGGGUCAGAAUGAUUUUGCUCUGAGAGUGCUAGAAGAUAAACUUGUAGCUGAGAAAGCUGCAAAGGAUGAAAUUGAAAGAAAAUACAAGUAAGCAUUCAAGAUAAAUUAUACAGCAAGAAAUUUAAAAUUGCUUAAUUGCCUUUUAACUACCCAUUAGCUGAAUGUGUUAUUCAGUUCAAAUUGGUUUAACAGUUUCCUUUAACCAGUAUUUUUUAAGGUAGAUUUUAGGCUUUCCUAGUUAUAUUUUAUGAUUCUAACAUUGUAUUUAUUUUAAAACUUAGGCAAACAUUAGAGGAAAUAGAAAAUCUUACACAGGAAGAGUCAAGCAUAAAAAGAGAGUUUCGAGAGAUGGAAAAAGAAAUUGCCCUUAUUAAACAUGAUUUGAAAGAGGUAAUUUUUCAAAGCUUUUCUUUAAAAAAUAAAAGAAAAAUAUCUAUAAAACAUCAGCCUGUUGUAUUUCCCACAGUCACAGAUUACUGAAAUUCUUUACUCUUUCAUUCAGAAUAAAUAUUUAUUAGACCAUUAAUUUUAUGUUAGUACCCAAUCAACAAGAGAAGCAGUUAAAAAUAUAUAAAUUUCCUUGUCCUAUUUUAGACUCAACGCAGAUUGGAGACUGAGACAGAUAAUAAGAAAAAAGUGGAGCUGCAGCUCAAAGACAAAAUAAAAGAGUUGGAGGCUGAAACUAAUUUGAGAGUGCAAAUGUCCAGUAAUUCUGCAAAUUCCUCAGAGAGAGUGAACUUUUUGGAGCGAUCGGUGUGUUUUAUUGGAUGAAAUUAACUUUUAAAAAAAUAUAUUGUUCUUUUAAAGACAUAUAUUAGCAUUUUACUAUUCAAUAAAUGUUUGAAUACAGUACAGUUACUUAAACCAAUUAUAUGUUCUUCACACAUUUGUAAUUAUUUUAUUAUAGGCCACUUUGAUGUUAUUUUGAUACUUGUGUGAAAACAACUCCUUUUCUUUUAUUAUUUAAUGUUAAGACAAAGUUGAACUUUUUUUUUUAGAUUUCUGACUUAAAUGAGAAACUGCGAACAGAAUCAGAAGCAUCCAACAAGCUCAAAAAACAGUAUACAGAGUUACAGCAGAGGAAUGCAGCCAUGGAGCAGAAUUUCAAUGAGCUGAAUGGGAAAUACUACGAAGUCCAUGCAUUGCGACAGACACUGCAGAAUGAACUGUUUUCACUCCAGACAACACUUGAUGCUGAGAGAAAUAACAGAUCACAAGACCAACAACGUUCCCAAGAACUUUCGGGUAAGUUGUGGACUUACAACUUGUGUUACUAACUAGUCCAUAUUUUUUUUAUUACUACUAUCCAACAGCAAAGAUAUACUAUUUACGUGGCCGUGUCUUUGUUAGAUGUAAGGGUUGGUGUCAGAAGUACUUGGAAGUAAAGAUGCUCCUUUGUUAAUAAGGAGGAUGGUACAUUAAAGAGUAGGGACUGAGAAACCCUUUGAUAUACACAAAACCUUAGUUUGCCUUGAACUUUGUUUCUACAGAACUUUUAAAUAUUUCCCUUUCCUAAACAUUAAUAUAUUAAAAAUACAGCAGGCACAGACUUAACCAUAUUAUAUUAUGGUAUGUAGUAUUUGAAUUACUAUCUCAAGAAAGGUAAGAACCUAUGAAAUGUAUUUGAGGAAAUUGAUGAAUAUUUAUACUGUGUUUAAAAAGAAUAAAAGGCAGUUCAAAUUUUGAACAAAUAAACUUUUUAAUUUCUCUGAAAAAGCCCAGCUGUAAUACUGAGGCAUAAAAAUUGUUCACAGCAUUGUUGAGAUAUUAUAUGGAUUAAUUUCUCUUAGUGUAAAAAUAUUAAUUAUUGGAAGAUAUAAUAUUAUAUAUAUAUUAAUUUCUUAGUUUUUUGAGAUAUACAAUAAGUUUGCUGUGUUUUAUUCCUCAGUGUUAUUUACAUGGAAUUUGUCAUUAAUGGCAUGCUAAAAAGCAGGUAUAAUUUAAUAAUUUAAUGAUUUUUAAUUGUUAUUCUUUUAGAGCAAAUCCAGAUAAUGCAAAAUGAGAAACUCAUGUCGCAGGACAGGGAAAGAAAUUUCAACCAGAAUAAACAAGAGAUGCAGCAGAAAAUAUAUGAAUUAGAAAAGGUUAAAAUCAUUUUAAGAUAUAAUUAAUUAGUAUUUAAUUACAACUGAACAAACUUAAUAUAUUUAAUUUGAACUCAAUAAAGAUGAUUUAAUUUGUUAUAAUACUUAUUCCACUAAUCUUAUAAUGUCGUUUAAAAAAAAAAGUAACCCAUCUAAGUUUUUCAUGAAUUAAAUCUAAAUUUACUUAGCAGGGUUGGACAAUCUUUUCAAUUCUGUGUCCUAAAGCUGUCAUUUACAAAUUUGCUAAAUGGUCUUGCUUGCCAACCAAAAUAUCAGGGAAUAUUAUUAAGUAUCCAGAGAAAACUUCCAAAUCAUUAAAAAUAAUUACUAUAUGGAAUCAUUAAUCCUGAAGAGAUUGACAGCUUUUAACCCUUUCUUUUACCGAUGACGCUGACGCGACGUCAUGAUCACCCACUUUCAAUUACCAAGAACGUCAUAUUGUCGGCAAAGAACUUUUCUGAAAUACCUAGGACAUCACGUGGACGUCAUAAUUCAAUGCUAUAUAUUUCUUUAUUCGUUAAUAUAUAGAGAAGUUAAUAAGCAAAUCAGUUAGAGAAUGAAAAAUACAGAAAGUUUCUUCUUUAAAAGUUAUUUAUUGCAGAGUCCGCAAAAAUUGAUGCCAAAACCAGUGGUAAUGAAAGGGUUAAUGGGGUCAUUUGUUGUGGAUUUCAGUCUUAUUAUUUUAAGGUUAACAUUAGUCAGUGCUGCUUAGUCACUAUGGCUUUGUUAUUGUGUAUUGCUCCACUUUAAGAGUUGUAUAUAAUAAAAUUAAAACACACAAAUAUAUGAAGAAUCAGGACAUUUAUUUAUUUUUAAAGGUAGUUAUUUGUGUGGUUGAAAAUAAUAAUUUGCAUGCCACAUUUGGGUUGUGUAACGGUGGUUACCCACCCAUGUAUGCAUGUAUACAUGAGUUAAGAAGUAAGUUUGAAUGAGUUCUUCGUUGAGUUUAUUAGUAACCACAUAAUAAGUCUUUAUUGUGCUUGAGCUGUUAUUCAUUGUUAGGUUUGCCAAGUCUUAAAUUUUUUUGGUUAGAUUUACAUUUUUAAAUAAUAAUAAAAAAAUUAAGAGCUAGAUUUUUUUUUUCACGCCUUUUCAUAUUUUUUAAUUAACUAUAAAUAAAUAACUGUUGAAAAGUUAUGUUUCUUUCUGUGAACACCUGUCAACCCUAUUCUUAAAAACCAUUACUUUUUUCUUCUUGUUUCCUGUAUAUCAGAAAGUAGCAAGUGUAGAAUUGGACCGUGAAAACUUUAAGAGAAAAUGGGAAGCAGAGCAGCAGGCACACAAAGAAACUCAAGCCAAAUUUAAUGCAGAUAGGAAUAUUCUCAACUCAAAGGGUCAGGGUAAUCCAGAGGCAGUGAAAGGUAAAUUUUCUUUAAUAUCUUAACAUUAUAUUUUUAAAUAAAUUGUUUCAAGGGAAAGUAAAUUCAUUACCAACUACAAAAACAUUUAAUAAAAAUAUUAAAGUUUCCCAGUGGCCAUUAGUCAAUCUUUUCUAAUAAAGCUUGAAAUCUGAUAACACAGUUAAUUCAGCAUAUGUUACAAUAUUGAAAAUGAAUGAUUUUUUACUUUUAAAUAAUUACUUCUCUUAUUCCACAUUUAUUAAGAAAUUCAAGCCAAGUUGGAACAAGAAAAGGCUCAGAGACAACAUGUGGAAACAAAGCUAUUAGAUGCAGAAAAGAAAAAUAGUGAGAUUAGUGUUGACAUGACUCAGUUACGCCAAAAAGUGCAGGCAUUACAAACAGAGCUCAGAAUGGAGUCUGACAAGGUGAAAAUCUAAUUUGAAUUCAAUUUUUCCAGGACCAAAUACUUGUUUUAACACAAAAUAAUCUCCCAUUAAAUACCAAUCUUUUUUUCAUAAAUUUAUGGUUUGAGUGUCUUGUUUCACUGUGGUAAUUCUUCUCCUAUUAAAUUAUUUAUUUAUUUUUCAACCAGUGUAAAAAUUUGGCCCUCCAAGCUGAACAAGAAAGUCAGAGACGAAACCUCAUGUUGGGUGAUUUGAAGAAUCAGACUCAAGAUUUGCAAAGGGUUAAAACAAAGGAAAAACAGUUAGCCAAGGUAAUAAACUACCAUCAGUUAAAAGUUGUGUGAAUUUUGAAAUUGUACUCUGUGAGUAACUAAAUUUCAUUAUGCUUUUGUUAUUCAGUAUAUGAUUUCAAGGAUGAAGACGUGUGUUUGUGUGUGACAAAUUAAAAAAACAAAAAAAAAUUAUUAUUAUUUUUUUUUUUUUUUACUGUUGCAUAGGAAAUUCAAGAUUUAAAGGAAGAAAAGAAAAACCUAGAUGAUGAAAUCAAGAAAUUAAAAGAGUGAGUAAAUAUUUCUUAAGAGGAGUUUUCUUUUUGAUAUUUGUUUUUCUUACAAUACUAUUGUAAUGUACAAAAUAUUUCAAUAGCCAGAUAAUGUUAAAAGAUUUUCUUAAAAUUCCUUAGUGACAAAUUGAAAAGCUUUUAAAUUUAAUAGGCAAAAUAAAACAAAUAUAAAUAUAAAAAAUUGAACAAAUAUUCUAUGGGAAAUUUCACUAAUUACUCCUUUUUUAGUGAAGGUUCUCAGAAUGAUAGUGUGAUAAAGGAUUUACAAGAGCAGCUGGAAGCAGAGACUUACUUUUCUGUAAGUAUGCAAAAAGCAAUAGAUUAUUUAUUCAGCCAUUAUGACAAUUUAUUCAGCCAUUAUGACAGUUGAAAGCAGACAUUUUUUCCUUAACAAAGCAAUUCAUUAUGUAUCAGAUUGUAUAUGUGCAUACAAUUUUUAUCACACUCUAACUUCUUGACUGCCACAGGAGUAUUCCUAGUGUAUAUAAGUCAGUUAUUUUUGAAAGCAUUGGAAUGAUUAUUUAAAAAUUGAUAACACAAACCAUAUAUUAUACCCAAAAGUUUAAUAUUGUCUUGGAAGCUGUUGUGCUAUACAUUAGAGAAUUUCGAACAAAUGUUUUAUUUUGAGAAAUGGCAACACUAUGAAUUGUCAUUAAUUUUAUUUUAUAUAGUCGCUUUACAAGACUCAAGUGAAAGAACUGAAAGAAGAGAUUGAUGAGAAGAAAAAGCAAAUACAAGAUCUUACAUCAGAUGUUCAAAAUAUGCGUCUAGAGAAGUCAGUGAAAUUGAUAAUUUUUCUUUAAAAAAUCUAUUUUUUUUUUAAAUUAAAAGAGAAAUUAGAGAAUUGUUUUAUUUCAGUGCCAUGUUUACAAAAUUGAACCAUUAAUAUUAAUAAUAAUAAUAAAGUUCAUUUCAAAAACACGCUUCAUCCCCAAAGGCUCGAAGCGCGGUUCAAAGUCAACAAAAAACAAAUCUAUAAUUCACCACAUUUAAAACAAACGCAACACUACAAAAGCUAAUUACAAGCAUACAAUGGCAAAGUCUUUCUAGCCAUUUCAACCAUAAGCAACACAGCCAUAAUGCAUUAACUGGAAAAUAAGGUAGACAAUCAUCCCAGAAGGUGUUUGCGAAAUAGAUGUGUCUUUAAAUCGGUUUUAAAAGACUCCAGUGUCUGGUUGUUUCUGAGAUCGACAGGAAGGGCGUUCCAAAUUGUUGGACCAGCAAAUGCGAAAGUGCGCUUUCCGUAAGUCUCAAGGCAAACACGUGGUGUCGAGAGUUUGCCACUAUCGGAUGAGCGGAGCUCUCUAGUGGGUACAUAAGGCGUCAGCAGCUCUUUCAGAUAGGACGGCGCCAGGUCAUGUAAGCAGCAGUAGCACAAAGUUGCGAUUUUGUACUCUAUGCGAGCACGCACCGGCAGCCAAUGCAACUCUCUCAGAAGUGUUUUUGCAUGGUCGAACUUGCGUUUGCGGAGAACAAUGCGAGCCGCAUUAUUCUGUGCUAUUUGAAUUUUAUCCAGGAGCGUAGCUGGAAGACCCACCAUGAGAGCAUUGCAAUAGUCCAUGCGUGAUAGCACAAAUGCAGACAUCAGCCUCUUUGUUGCAUCAAUUGUUAGGAAGGGCCUGAUGUGACUAAUCCUGCGCAGCUCCAGAAAAAUCGCCUUGCAUAGCAUGUUAAUAUGACUUUCAAAAGUUAGUCUUCUAUCUAGGUAGACACCCAGGUACCGCACUGUUUGAGCUAACUCAAUACGCACACCUGAGAGAGUAAUGGAUGUCGUGUUAUUUGCAGAUUUUUGCUUCUGAGCGGUCGCGAUGGGGAGCAGCUCAGUCUUAUCAUCAUUUAAUUUGAGCUUGUUUAUGGUCAUCCAGUGCUUAACCGACUCCAUUCUCUUCUGUGUCAUACUGAGCAGCUGAGGGAACUGAGAAGGGAUCACGGAUUGAUGAAGUUGUGUAUCGUCCACGAACAUGUGAUACAACAUGUCAAAAUGCCUGAUCUCUGCACCCAGGGGCUGAAUGUACAUCUUGAAAAGCACCGGGCCUAGGACGGAGCCCUGGGGUACUCCGAAUUCGAUAUUAAAUUUCUUCGAGGUCAAGCCGUUUGAAAUAACUGACUGUACCCGAUUAGUCAGAUACGAUCGGAACCAACACAGGACGGUAUCAGUGAGACUGAACGUUUGUUGCAGAUGCUGGAGCAGUAUGCCGUGGUAGAGCGUAUUGAAAGCUGCCGAUAAAUCGAGUAAAGACAAAAUCGAUACCUGACCCUCAUCACAAGACGACAGAAGGUCGUUUACGACGCGCAACAGGGCUGUCUCAGUAGAGUGAUGUGCCCUGUAUGCUGACUGGAAUGGUUCAAACAAGUCAAACUGAGUGAGGUGAUCCAGGAGUUGGCGGAGAACGACUUUUUCUGAGAUUUUAGAAAUAAAUGGUAGAUUUGAGAUGGGGCGAUAAUUUUCCGUCACAUUUGGGUCAAGAUUUGAUUUCUUUAAUAGUGGAGUGACGAUCGCCUCUUUAAAAGAUGAUGGAACAAUACCAGUAGCUAAGGACUGAUUUAUGAUAUAAGUGAUGAUGGGGACUAUUUCAUCCAGACAUUCAUACAAGAGCCCUGCUGGAAGAGGGUCAAGCCAACAUGACUUUCUUGGGGUAUCAGCAAGGAUUUUCCUCACAUUUGAUUCACUGACCUCAACAAAUUCACCCAUAGAAGAGCCGUUGAAUAGUGAGAAUUCUGGAGCAGUAUCGAUGCAACUGUCAAGUUUCACUCUGAUCCUCUUAACUUUUGUAAUAAAGUAGUCAUUUAGAGCGUCUGGCAGCUCUUCUACAGCAAUGUUAUUUGGCAGAGAUGUAGCCUUGUUUUUACCGGUCAGCUGACCCGCAAUGCAAAAUAAGUCCUUGCUUGAGCUGCUGCCUGUAAUCUGAUGACUAACAUACUCAGUCCUAUGUGCAAGGACCAACCUCUUGGUUCGUUCCCUGUGGUCAACAAAGAUUUGUUGGUGCACAGUCAAGCCCGACUUUCGCCAUUGCCGUUCUACACGUCGCUGCUUCUGCUUAGCGUCCUUAAUUUCGGGCGUGAGCCAUGGGGCAGAAGGGUGGUCCGUAACUCGCCGUGUGGACAGUGGUGCAUGUUUGUCUAAAAUUACUCUGAGGCCACUGCUGUAGUCUGUAGCAGGGUCAUCUACACCGCACUCAAGGGCUGCGACGUCACAUCUAAAGGCCGCUAGAUCUAUCUGUCGGAGGUCACGGGAUGUUACUGAUCGCAGAAGGCGUCCUGGCUUCCUCAAGUCAAAGUCGAAGGCGACUGGGAAGUGAUCAGAAAUAAGUUUGUCCUCAAUAAUGAGGUUUUGGAUCAUAGCUGCCCGGUCCUCUCUGACAACCAGCCAAUCUAGGAUGUGACCUCGCUUCUGCGUCGGGACACUGACAAGCUGAGUCAUUCCGUGUGUGUCGAGAGCUGAUUUUAGGGUCUUCAAGUAGCUGUCGGUGGUGGAGUCGAAAUGGCAGUUUAUGUCGCCGAUUAUGAUGACAUUGUUGUUGCUGGUGGCAUACAUGUCAAGGAGUUGUAUAAACUCCACAGUAAACUGACAGAUCUUCAACUUAUUUUGCUUAUUUGGAGGUGGCCUGUAUAUGCACAGAAACGUCAUCACUUGUUCACCGUAAUUAAAGGGGGGGGGGGGGGGGGGGGGGCGAUGCUAAACCCUGUAGUUUUAUAUACAUUAAAACUCUUUUUUUGCCUAAUUGAGUUACAAUUGAUACGAGUGUUUUUACAUACAUUUUCAGAGAUUCUAUAGGGGCACAACUCCAGCUUGCCUUGGCUAAAGCUGACAGUGAACAGCUUGCUAGACAGAUAGCUGAAGAGCAGCUGUCUGAUGUAGAGAAAGAGAAGACCAUGCUAGAACUGGAGAUUAAAGAACUUAUGUCUAGACAAAAGAAUGACUCCAAUAAGAAAGAAUCCCAAAUUUUAUCUGUAAAUGUUACUUGCAAUUUUUUUGUGCUUUAAAGACAAAUGAAAAUACCGCUAUAACAAAGUAUUUUAAAUUUAACUAAAUUCUUUAAAAAGAAAUUAUUACUUUAACAUAACUUUUUAAUUUUGUUCCAUUCUAGAUUUUAUAGUUUUUAAUGUCUAUUUACUCUCACAUAUAAAAUGUAUCUUUUCCAUUAAAAAAAUCUUGGCUAAGAUGUUUUAAAAGUUUCCCUGUUUUACUUUCAGUUGGAGGACAGUAAAAUUAACUUAAGCAAUGAAGUUGAGAGAUUGCAAAGAGAAAAGGAUAGCCUUAAUAAUAAAAUUAAAGCUCUUAAUGAAGGUAUAUAAAUUUAUAUAACUUAAAAAUUGGUUUAAAAUUCUCUGGCAAAAUGAGUAUAUUUAAAAUACUUAAAAUAAUUAGUGAUAUGAAUGGAAUUUCUGAUUUGUGUAUAUAGUUUUUGCAAUUUGAAAAACGAUCAAAAUGGCUAGAUAUUGGUUUUUAAAUUCUAAAUUAUGAGGAAAUAAGCCUAUUUAUAUUUUUACUUUCAGACAUCCUUAAAUCAAAGAAUACUGAAGUUGAUAAACUCAGGAAAUCACUUGAAGAAGAGAAGCUCAAGAAAACUCAAGUAAUUUUUUCUAAAAUAUUAGUAGAUAGGAUAUAAAAAAACAACAAACAACAAAUUACAGUUUUAUAAGGGAAAAAAAAUCCACUUUUCUUGUAAUGUUUUUAUACCCCUUUAGAAAAAAAAACAAAAAACUAUGCAUGUUUAUAAACCAAUAAGCUUUUAUAAAGUUAUUAAAAAAAAUUUUUGGGGGGUUUUAUUCACCAUUUUAAAUAUUUCUAAUACAGGCUGUUAAUAAAUUGGCUGAAGUGUUGAACAGAAAAGAUUUCAACCCAACUAAAGGAGGCAAAAGCAAGGCUGCUGAAGCUGAAUUGAAAAGAAAGGAAAAAGAGAACAGAAAGUUACAACAAGAGCUAACAAUGGUAACAGCCUUUAUACUUAAAAUACUUAGCAUUUGAAAUGAGAUAAACUGGGAAGACAUUUUGUUUUUACACCUACAUUUGCAAGAGCUGUUUUGACUGUACUGCAAUUGAAACUAAAGCAAAUAGUUCAACCAGGAGUCCUCAAACUAUGGACAUGGGCGACUUCUAUUUGGGUCCUCAACCCAGCCUUCCUGGCCAUUGCUUGUUCCCUUGGAAGCAGUGACAAAUAUAGAACAGUACGUUGACCAUCUAUUUUGUGAAAAGCAGGCCCAUACUUCCCACUGAAAUACUAAUGUUGAUUAAGAUUUUCAAAGUGUGGCCCUAACAGAGUCUGAGGGACAAUGAACUGGCCAGCCCCCAAGUGUCCCCCUGAUUAACAACCAGAUUGAAAAACAGGGUGUGGCCGCAUUAAAUUUAGGUCACAUUUUCUUAUUGCAGGUGUAUGUACAAAUUCAGCUGCAGUUUUCUUAAUUAUAAACAUUCUAAUGAGCAAUAAACCAUUUUGUAGGUAAAUAAAUUGUCUGUAAGAUAGAUAGAUGUAAAACAUUUGUAAAUUUUAUUUUCCGUAGAAAAUUUUUAAUUGUUAAACUAGUAAUACAACAGAACAACACUAAAAAAAUAUAUAAAUGCCCACCUUACCUAUAAAUUUUAAAUUGCCAAAACAUUUAAAGCCUUUCAUUUGGAGGUUUCAAAAUAGUAUUUCCAAUAAUAAUAAGAAAAAUGCACACAAGAAAACAGAAACUGAAUAAUAUUUACACUUCCAAUUACUUAUAUGCCUAUAGUAACCCUUUGGCUUGUUGCCAUGUUAAACAAGUUUUACAAUUUUGUAACCAGCUUGGAAAUUAAAUCAAAAUGAAUUAACAGCUUGUUUUUUAAAAACUUCUGCUGAUAGCAUGUGGUUAAAAAUAAACAUUCUGUCCUUAAAUUAAAAUUUUGAACUAAAAUGGGGCGGAAUAAUAUAAAUAUUUGACUUGUUUAACUACGACACAAACAUUGGCGCUACCAGCUGCUCAUGGUCAUACUUAAAGAAGCUCUUUGGUGCUCCCAGUGGCUCAUUGUAGUUAACCAGUUAAAUAGUUUGAGGACACCAAAGCUAAACAAACACUUUUAUCUGUUUUCAAUAUCAGGAGAUAAAUGAGAAUUUUCAAUAAGAUUUUUAUUGAUAUAAGUGGUUUAUUUUUAUUAUAUUCCAUGCAGGAACGUGAAAAAUACAAUAAGAUGGUUGAAAAGAUGCAACGUGAUGUCUUAGAAGCCCAGCAGUCUGUAUAUGAAGAGAGCCAGGCUAGGCAAAGACUCCAGAUGGAAAUAGAUGCUAAGGACUCUGAGAUGGAACAGUUGCGUCAAAAAUUGGCCUUUAAUAACUCUGACACUGUCUCUGUGAACAGUGGAAAUAUUGGCAAUAUGGAUGAUAGUAUUAAUAUUUCUGAGGAUUCAGGAGGUAGUUUGUGUGUAUUAGUGUCUUAGUAUUCCCAUGUGCCACUAUAUCUUUUCAGGAGUUUCCAAGCUAGUAUAAAUCUUAUUGUACAAGAAAUUUUAAAUAUAAUUUUACAUUACAGAUAAAAACUCAAGAUUGCAAUUGAUGGCUUUUAUCAAUUUCAAUAAUGCAUUUUAAAAAAUAUUCUAAUUGCUGAUUGCAUAUCUACGAAUUCUAAAUUAUGUUUUUUUAACUUUUAAUAAGUGAACUUAAAUUUGAAUUUUAAUAAUUUAGCGCAAGCGAAAUAAUGUAUGAAAAAGAAAUUUUAAAACAACAUAUUAAUGCAGCAAAUAAUAAAAAAAUUACACUUUCUUGCUGAUAUCAAUAAAAAGUUGCUGCAUCAAUUUAUUUGAGAUGAGAAUCAAAAUUAAAUUUACCUAAUUACACUUCUGAUGAAUAGUUUCUCAUCUCCUUAAUUCACCAGUGACUUCUGAUUCCCACAUGGAAGGGUGGCUAGCUGUUCCCAAUCGUAACAACAUAAAGAAAUAUGGAUGGAGAAAACAAUAUGUUGUAGUUAGCAGUAAAAAAGUUCUGUUUUUUAAUUCUGAGAGUGAUAAACAGAACACCGAUCCCAUUAUGGUUCUUGACAUAGAGUAAGUAACUCUGAUACAAUUAAAAUUACAUUUGUUUAUGACAUUUGAUGUAAGGGUCAAUGAUAAGAAUUUUAAAUGUACAGAUUAAAAAAUUAAUUUGGAUGAAAAGUGGGUAUUAUCUACACAUGGCUGUACUGUACUGUUUUUAUACACAAUUCUGUUCAAUGUAGGCUUUUGGUGGAUAGCCAACAACCCUGUCUUGUGCUUUAUUUAAAAAUUUCACGACAUAAUUAAAAUUUCACUACAUAAUUAAAAUUUCAAUCUCUGAUAAUUCUUGUUUUAGCAAAGUGUUUCAUGUUCGACCAGUUACUCAGGGUGAUGUUUACAGGGCUGAUGCUAAAGAUAUCCCACGAAUUUUUCAGGUAAAACUUGUCCUCAAUUUAUUCAGUUUUUAAAAUUAGAUAUUAAUUUUUAAAAUGUUUUGAUGUUAUGGACCGCUGUAAUUUGUCUCCGAAAGGUUAACCUCUUAAGUUGUUCUUUUUUUAUCUUGAUUCCUUAAUCUUAAUAUUAAAGGGGACUGUUCUUAGUGGACAACUAUACAUUAGGUGUGCAAAAAUGCUUGUUUCUUUUUUUAACCCUAAAACUGUCAAGUGCUUUUUCUGUGGUGUCUAGUCAUUUUGAGUAUUUUCAUAUGCAUGUCAAAAAUGACAAAAUCACAAACUAAAUGAAUUCAGAGACCCUUACAAGUAUACAUUUUCUGAAAGUACAUUGGACAUAAAAAAUAAUUUUUUGUUAUACUAUGUGUUGAUUUCAACCUUGACAUUUACAGAUUGAGUUAAAAUUUACUACUCAAUUCCUGAAUUCAACCCAACCUAAUAGUCCAUAAAUUGUUCAGACUAUCAUAAAUCAAGUUUUUGAGAUACUAGAAACAAUAUUCAAAACAAAAUGUCAAGUUAUAUGUACUUGCAUUGAAAAUUUUAACAUUGGCGAAUUUCUUUUCAUUCACUGCCUUCAAAUUUCUGUCAUACAAAAUACUAAGGCAACGAAAUGAGUUCAAAAAUUACUUCUCAAGGGAAGUUACUAAAUCUAAUUUUUAAUUAAUUAAUACUCCAGAACAUAGACAAACAAAUGACUUUGAAUCUCUUUGGGGUAGGUCUAUUUGGGAUCCAGUUUUUUUCUUUUCUGUGUGAUUUCCAUCCUUUCCCAAACAAAUUUAUCUGUAACAAUAAGGCUUAGCUUAAGGUUAAAAUUGUCAAUAUCUGACUCUUAUCUCACCAUCAUUGCUAGAGCUAAUACUAGAAUGUGGAUUAUCUCUGAUAUCCCUUUUUCACUUCAAUACAUUUGAAAAAAUUCCAAUUAAGAAUUUCUACGUUGAUUUUGCAAUCUAGAGGGGGACUCUCUCCAGCAUCAGACAUAGUGGCGGUUAAAAAAAAAGGAAAUUUCACACCAGAUUAACUCUUUCCGUGCCAAUCGACAGUAUACUGUCGAUUUGACUGGUUGCGUUCGUGCCAACCCACAGUAUACUGUCGAUAUCAUUUAUGUAGUUUAUUUCGUUUCUUGUGGCUCUUAAUCCAACUUUUUUUGUUCUUAAACGAAGGAUAACUCUUACUACUUCCUUUUUUAAGAAGUAGGGCAUGUUUGCAUGUGUUUUUUCUAAUAAUAGUUCAAUUUGUGUUGAAACUUUUGUAAAUAAAGCCAUGGCUACGCCCACUCCAAGCAUGUCAGCUGUUGCUAGACCACGUAGGUAGUCAAUUUUGCAAAUAAAAGACCUUUUAUUGCUAAUUAUUGAUGCUGAAACAACAUACAAUAACCAUGAAUCAUUUGAAUCUGAUUCCAAUGAUGAUUUUUAGCAUUCUGAUGGGUCGGUAAAUGGAAAUAGUAAUAGAAUGGUGAUAGUACUGAUAGUAAUAGUAAUAGUGGUAACUGUCGGCAAUUUCAUAAAAAUUUCAAAACAUUUUUUAAAAUAUAAAAAUGCCACAAAUGUGUAGAGCCUAGAGAAUGGAUUUAAAAAAAACACCCAGAUCAACUUUCUAGCUCAAGUAGUUAAAAAGUUAUGAAUUUUUUUCAAAACUACUUUGUUACUAUGGCAACAGUGAGGAUUCAGAUAAGAAUACUCCUAACGUUACAAAAAUGGGUAUAACUCCAUAACAAAUUGGAAUAUUUUCUAAAUGUAAAAUGCAUUGAAAUCAAAAAUGGAUAUACUUUUUGGGGAUUGAAGCAGAAUAGGAUAUUAUAUUUAGCAACACAGACCGUAUGGUAGUCUGAUAAGUUCAGAUUUGGUGUGCAAUUUUAAAAAUAUAAAAAAUUUGAUCUCACAAUUUAACCUAAAAAAUUUAACUUAUUGUUGUUUUAUUGUUUUAUAUUUUACAUAUUAUUAUUCUCUGUCUAAUUUCCUUUAAUUUGAUAUGAAAUACAGCUAUCUUGCUAAAAGAAAUGUAUUCAAAAUUAAUUAAUAGAUAGGAGCACCCUAAAAAGAUUUCCCAUGCCCGAAUACUGGUCUGGCACGAACGUGGAAAACCCCCUGGCAUGGAAAGAGUUAAUAAAGAAAAAAGCCCAGAUAAAAGCACAUUAACACACAGAUAGUAACCAAAAUAGGAAGCAAGCUCAUUUAUUUCCCCUCAACCAAUAUACAAUAUUAUUAUUCGCAUUUUUGAUGACGAUUUUACUAGCAGCCGAUAAUAUUCGUCGGGGCACCACAGAAAGGGGUUUAACGACCGAUUAUUUACUGUUGUGACAGUUAUAGGGUUUCACAAAUCAUUUAUUCUCUUUUUUUCUUGCAUGUGUAGUGUUUGUGUGGUCGCCCCCCCCCCCCCCCCCCGCUUACUCAAUGUUAUUUUUACUGAGACUAAAAUGGUGAUAAUUAAUUUCAAUGUAAAGAUACACAAUAAAGACUUUUAUUACAUCAUAAAAUAUAAGUUUUAUGAACAUUUAAACUACAAAAUUUUCUCUAUUAUAAGAUUUUGUAUGCAAGUGAGGGAGAGAAUCGUAAACCUAAUGAGGCUACUCAAGAGAUUGCUGCUUCUGUCUUAGUUGGUGCCAUUAUCUACAAAGGACAUGACUUUAUACCAAUUAAUUACCGUACACCAACAUCUUGUGACUCUUGCCACAAACCUGUCUGGCAUGUCAUCCACCCCCCACCAGCCUUAGAAUGUAAACGUAAGUAUUUCAAUUUUAGCUGAGGCUAUUUAAAACUAUACCCACAACAUUGUACUUUUACAUAAUUUUAUUGUAAAUUUGCUAUAAAAAAAGCUAGUUUUUUGUGGAAUUUUCAUACUUGUGAUUUAUUCAGAAAAUGGAAGAGUGAACAUUUGUUAAAAUCAAUGUAAUCAAACAGCUUUCUUAAUAUUUGUAAAGAAAAAAGUGUCGUUUAUUUCUUACCAACUCUAAAUGUCUAUUAUUAUACAAUAUUUCCUCAGAUUGUCAUGUUAAAGUACAUCGAGAUCAUUAUGAUAAAAAUGAAGAAUUCAUUGCCUAUUGUAAAGGUAAAUUUCUUUUAUGUAAUAAAAAUACACACCAUAAACACUUUAAUCAAUAGUAUUUUCUAUGUUAUUUCUACUUAUUUUAUAAAAUUAGACCAAGUAUAAUUAUUUUUUUCGUGUUUAAAACCUAUCACAUAGAAUAAUUGUUUGUCCAAAAAAAUAUUUUUGCUCAGUAUUUAGCCGUACUGAAAAGUUUGAAUAGACAUGAUGCAUGUUUUGAAAAUAAUUUCUGCUCUAGUAAUAGAUUAAAAUUUUUCUUUAAUUUUUGUCUCAGAGCAUCUUACCAAAUUUUAAAACAGUAAUUGUGGCAUGCUUAGUAAAAGUCAUGCAUAUUUUAUUUGAAAUUUAUUUUAAAAAUUUAAAUGUUCUUUUCCCAGUGAAUUUUGACUCCAGUAUCCAAGCUAAAGAAAUGUUGUUGCUAGCUGAGUCAACUGAGAAACAAAAAAAUUGGGUUCAGCACCUUAGUAGAAAAGUUGUCAAAAAGGGCAUUGUUAGCACUGGAAAUCUUACGUGAGUUGUUUGAUUUUUUUCCACCGUUUUACACAUUUAAAUAAACAAAUAUAAAUCCUUGAAUUAAAAUCCUUUAAAAAAAAUUAGUUUAUGGGCCUUUUGAAAUUCGAUUUCCGUGAUGUGAUUUUUACAUUAAUUAUUGGAUCUGCAUAGCCUGUGUUUAUUUUUAUCAAAAUAUUUAUUUCAACGUAAAACUUUUUUUCAGCACGAAUCGAGGCACAAAGCAAUAUUCAUCAUUUGGACCUCAGCAAAGAGGUCACCCACAGGCCGGCAAAUCAGCCACAUUGCCACCACCCAAUGCUCGCAACUCAUAGUCAUUAUUUCAAAAAAGCUUGUUUACUAUGUAUAAUUGAACAUAGUAUAUUUUAAAAAAUUGAUCUUGUGGGAUAAUAUAAUUAUAAGUAAGAAAAGAGUUUAAUUUUUCGCUCUAAAAGUUCUUACAAUGGUGAUUUGUGUUUACAGCCUUAGAUACUAAAGAUUGCUAAAGAGGUUGAUAUUGAACGUACUCAGAAUAAAAUUGUUUAUUUAAUGUUAAGUGCAAGCUAAAAGAGUUGUAUACUGACUUUAAAUCAUAAGUUAUGUUAAUAAUACUGUUGAACCAUUUAAACACACAUUUUUAUUUAUUAAUAUAAAUGUACGUUAAAUCUUUUAAUGCUGAAAGUGUAUUUAUUUAUUCAUAUAAUUUAGGGAGAAAAACAUCUGCUGCUGUUAAUGUAAUUUUUGAAAGCAACGAGAAAUCAAUACAUUUGUUAGCUUAAACUUGUGUAUUCAUGGAAAGGUAGGAUUUAUUACCUGUAUUAUUUUUUUUCACUUUAUCUCAAAUAACUUUUUUUAAAAAGCAUUUCUUUCAUUCAUCACUGUCAAUAGCAAGUCAGUGGGUCCCAAAUUAGUUUUGUGCUACACCAAGAUUUUCACAGAAAAUAUUUAUGAAUCGGAAACGGUUCCUGGUAGUGUUUAAUUCAUUUUAAAAAAUUGGAUUGAAGUUAAUACUUUUUGAUAACUUACAUCAUCUUAUCAUCCUUAUAGUACACACUCCGUCUCAAAUUUACAAACAAAAUCAUGAAAAGCUGUUCAUUUAUGGUUUAUAUUAUUUGAAGUCUUAUAUUAAAUCGUCUUCAAGACCAAAAAAAACUAGAGAAGCUCUCUCUUUUCUGUCCCCCGAUUAGAAUAUUGAUAUGGUUUUACCAAAUAUCAUGAAUCACUGUAGAAGUAACAUGAAAAAAUAGGUUUGAAGAGACGCAAGGAUAUUUAUAUUUGUAUGUCAGAAAAGAGUAAUGAUAUUUUGACAGACCAAAUAACUCAUUAAAUUUAAAUAUAUCUUUAUUAUUAAACAUAAUUUGAUAGGUGUAUUUUAAAUAACAUAUAACAGAUUUUAGAAAAGCAUGUUUUUUUUAUAUAAAUUAUAAAUAAAAUUAAAUUUUGU